UAUUUGUUAUCGAUCUGUACACUUUAGCAUCGAUAACUUACAGAGAUAUCGCGCGAACGACGCAUGUUAACUUAACAGACGCUUAACAUUUAAACCAUUUUGAACGCAACGAAGAAAAGAAGAAAAAAGACGCUUUGAAAUAUUGCAAUAAUUUGUUAGUUAUGGAAUUAAAUACAGAAACUGAAAUCGACGGCGUCCUGUUUGCACAACAGCGUCCACAGGAGUCUCAACAAAUGACGCCGGUAGCAAAAAAAACUCGAAGCUGUGCUCGUUUGAAGUCAAGUGAUGAUGAUUUGGUUGCAGCACUCCCAAAAACACCAAAUGCCGCUGCAUCCACAUCCACACGUCUACUCAGUGAGACGCCGAGGCGCAGCACACGCAAGAGCAUACGUCCUCCGAUGGACUAUGAUGAUAUUAUUGAGAAUAAUUUGUUGCGAUCAGCCAGCAAGGCAAAUAAAGAAGUCGCUGCUGCUGAUGCUGUUGAGGAGGAAGAGGUCUCGACGCACAAGUGGAAUGCAGCUGAAGUUGGACGUCAUUCGCGCAAGCGCAGUCGCAAAACUAAGCGUGCAGCCAGCAAGAGGGUCAAACAUGAGGAGGAAGAGAAGGCAAACGCGGGUGGAGAACAGAAGGAAGAGCGCGCUAUGGAUGGACAAGAGCAGAAGAAGAAGUACACCAUGAAAGCAGAAGAACUCGAGGAGAAAUGCGCUAUGGAGGUAGAACAGCAGGAGGAUAGGUGCACUAAAGCGUCUAAGGAGCAGGAGAAGCCAGAAAUUAAAGAGACAGAGCCACAGGAGAGUGUUGAGGAGCAGGAGAAAAAGUCACUGGAGAAAAAACUACGUAACAAGAAUACACAGAAGCAAGUUAAAGAAGCAGAGACAGAGCCACAGGGAAAUGUUAAGGAACAAGAGACAGAAUUACAAGAGGAUACAGCUAAGGAACCGGAGACAAAGUCCCAGGAGGAUAAUAACGAGCUGGUGAUUGACCCUCAGGAGGUAAAGAAACAGGUGAUCGAGCUAAAAGAGUCGGAGUCACAGAAGAAAGAUUCACAGCAGGAAAAUCCAGAGCAGAAUGAAAGUCAAGAAGCAGAAGAAAUCGUAACCGAAUCAAAUGUAGCAAUUGUUGCCGAAAUUGUGAUUGAAUCAAGCUCACCAGAAGUUGCAAACAAAUCCAUGGAAACAAUUGUGGCAUCUGCAGGAGUUGCCAUUAAUGAUCUGGAUGAGCUCGGCUUGUGUCCUUUAAACACAGAAGAGACUGAUAAGGUAGAAGACGAACACAACGAGAAUAUGCCAUCACUCAUCAUGCUCGAUGAUGAAGAUCCAGAAGCUGAUGAACUGAACCGAACAUUUGAGAUCGCUAAUGAACCAACUGAGAAUCAGAUGGACAUUGCCAUGCCCAGGUUGCAACUGUCGCCGGAGAAACCAACGAAAAUCGUUGUGACUGAUGAAAAUGAUGUGGACAGGACAUUACUAAGAAUGGAAAACAGCCCCAAGUCCAAAGGCUUUCGAUUCGCAACUCCAGCAAAGAUAAACACCAAGAUGAAUUUUAAAUUCACAGCCGGAAAUAUCUCAGAUAUUUUGGACUUGGAUGAAUCCUGUCGCAGUCGUCGACGCUCCAAAUCUGUCUGUGGUGUAGGUGGAGAUAAGACGAAGACUGUCUCCUUCUUCAGUCCCAUCGAAGUGACAGCUGUCGAUGACAUCGACAAACGCUGGGAGAAGUUCAAUAUCAGUCAUGUCACACAGCGACGGAAGCGUUCUAUAUCAUUGGAUGAUCCAUUCACCAAGAGCCGGAUUCCCAAGCCAAAGUUUUUCCCAGUGGUUAAGGCUCCAACUCCGGUCAAGUUGAAGGCGCGCACAAAGUUGCCCAACUUUGCGGCCAUUCAUCAAAAGCAGUUUAAUAAAAUGGAGAAUUUAGUUGAUCACCUGGAGCGCAAGGCAGUGCGUGCCAAGGAGUUGACAAACUCGGCUAUUAAACUGGCAAAUGGAAAUGCAUCGGCGCAAAAAUCUUCAGCAAAGAAGCUGCCAACCGUGUCCAAUUUAAAUGCAGUAGAUCGUCCACGUCCUCGGGCACUCAAAAAAAUAGAAUUGCCCAGUUAUGCCUUAACUCCAUUGAAGCCCGAAGAGAUAGAGCGGCAAAAGAAUCUGCCGACGCCGAGACUUAUAAUAGGUCAACAGCAGAAGUCACGCUUGCCUCUGUUGGCCAAAUCGGUAACCAAGAUCUUUACCUCAAUUGCAACUGCUCCUGCUCCGAGCAGCAGCAUAAAUAAACCGGGUACUGCAGUUUCUGCAGCUCCUGCUCAAACACAGAGCAAACUGGAGGCCAGAAGACAACGUCACAUGGAGAUGUUCAAGGGGCGCACCACCAAGGAGAAUAAAACCAAUGUUAUCCGUGGAGUGCGCUCGAAUCGACGAUUUGAAUUGCAAAUGAAGCAUCGCCAACAGUUAAAUGGGAAUAAAUAACUUAACUUUUGAAUUUUUCGUUUAUUUUUUAAUUAAUUAAAACAUUCGUAUUCUGCUUUAAUUUGUAAUACUUUAUCAUACAUGUUUGGCAAUACAUAAGAACACUUAACUUUUGAAUAUUUUGCUUAUUUUUAUAAUAAAACAUGUUACUGAAUAAAUAACUUAAUCAUUUAAUAUUUUCGUUUAUUUAAUUAUAAUUCUAAUAUUUGUAAACUGAUUUAACUGUUAAUAUUAUAACAAUUGCAAAUAAAGUUAUGUUGAUUAACAACUUAAAA